AUGGACGAGAUAAGCUUCACGGCCAAGGAGCAGGAAAAAGUCCUCACUCCUCAUCACAACGCCCUGGUUAUCUCGCUCACUGUAGCGAACUGUCUGAAUGGGGGCCGUCCCCUCGACUCUUCACCAAAUGGUGAAAUUUCAUACACUCUGGGGCAUAAAGGCGAUCAGACGAGAUCAGGAAUAUUCUCAUUCCUGCUAUCAGACCACUCUGAAGGGAAAGACCAAGGUCUAAUAGCAGUUACAGAGAAAACCUCCGGCUCGUCAAACCGUGGAACCGAAAGUAGAGGAAAUGGACGAGGUGCCAUUAAUCGAAGGAGAUCAGACCCGACAUCUCUAGAUCGGCUCCAAGCUAACCAAAGGAUUGAGAAGAAGACUGAUAGACUUCCUCAGAAUCCGAAGGAUUUCCAGUGGACGGGAGAAUGCGAAUCCGCUCUCCAAGAGCUAAAAUCGUAUCUCACCACUCCUCCUCUCCUGUCCAAGCCAUUACUCGGUGAAGUCCUGCUGCUAUAUCUAGCAGUCUCUGAACACGCCGUGAGCACCAUCUUAGUUCGCGAGGAGGAAAACAAGCAGCUACCAAUCUAUUACAGAAGCAAGGCUCUCCUAGACGCGGAGGCCCGCUAUAGCCACCUAGAAAAGCUUGCCUUAGCUUUGAUAGUCGCCACUUGCUACCUCCGACCCUACUUCCAUGCUCAUCCAAUCGUGGUUGUUACCUCCUUCCCUGUAAAGUUGGUCCUCCAUAAACCAGAAGUCUCCGGACGCCUAGCCAAAUGGGCCUUGGAACUAGGGGAGUACGAUGAGGUACGCCUCCGAGGCGAAGGUAUGGAAGUGGGAGAAUGGAUCCUACACACUGAUGGAUCUAGCAACAGCAGAGGAGCUGGAGUAAGGAUAGUGCUUACCUCGCCAAUAGGGAACACAGCCUCAAGAGCCGUGAGAUGCAACUACAAAGCAACCAACAACGAAAGCGAGUAUGAGGCCCUAAUCGCAGGCCUAACCCUUGCCCAUCUAAUGGGGGCAGAGAACAUCCAGGUCUUCGGCGACUCCUAG